UGAGUUAUGGUAAAAGCUUGUAACGUCUUACUAAAAAAACGCUUGAAAAUGUCGGAAUUGGGAAAGUCAACUCUAACUCUUUCUUAACCAGUAGCGUCAACUUGCCGCCUUGAUUUUUGUUUUUAUUCUCUCUUUUCACCUACUGGUCCUCUUUUCCUUGUUGUUUCCUUCUUGACUUGACCUUUCCAAAGUAAGUAACUAUGUUCCCACCAUUAAUUAAAUUGGAGUUUUCUGAGACCAUGUAUGAUUUAAGACCCUGAACACUCACCUUCCUUGAGGUUGCUACUCCUACGGAUACUACUACUCCGUUUCUUCAAAGCUUGUUCUUCACAAUGCUUGGUGUUCGAAGGAUGUUCGAGGAGCACAUCAUCCGCAGAAGCCGGUGGUAUAUUAGGAGGCUCUACUCGUGGUUUUUUAACUUACUGAUGCAGUCUUAUUGGGAUGAGAUUGAGGAUUGCAAGGAGAAGGUAUUUAAUAAGCUGAGUGAAAAAGCUGAAAAAGUGUUGGAGAUUGGAAUUGGCUCAGGUCCUAAUAUGAGAUACUAUGCUGCUCGUAAUGCUAACCUAAAUCUUUUAGGGUUGGAUCCAAAUCCCAAAAUGAAGAAGUACUCACGCAAAUCCGCUGCCAAAGCAGGCUUGAAACCUAAAAACUUUAAAUUCAAGCAAGGAGUAGGAGAAGCUAUACCAUUAAAAGAUAACUCAGUGGAUGCAGUUGUUGCAACACUAGUUCUAUGUUCUGUCUCUGAUGUCACUCAAACACUCAAAGAAAUCAAACGGGUACUGAGACCAGGAGGUGUUUUCAUUUUCUUGGAACAUGUUGCAGCAAAAGAUGGAUCGAUGUUGAGGCGAUUGCAGAAACUGCUGGAUCCGUUGCAGCAGAGACUUGCAGAUGGAUGCCAUUUGACAAGAAACACCAGAGAACGCAUCUUGGAAGCUGGUUUUAGCGGCGGAGUUAAAAUAGAGACUUACUCUAUGUGUAGCUUCCCUUGGAUAACAAGACCUCAUAUCUAUGGACUAGCUUACAAAACUCGAAACUUUUGAAUGUAGCGAUUGCUGAUGUAACUCAAUGAAAUGCUAAUUUGUGUGAAGACAACAAACAAACCAUUACAAUAGGCUCA